AUGAGCCGCACAAGGAACUCCAACAACAUCGAGUUUGGGCAUCUCAGCUGGAAGGACGACCACCUGUGUGUGAUGUUCGACAACAAGAGGAUCACCAACCCCGCGCGGAAGCCCGAGAAACUCAGGAGGGUCUUUGCCAACCCGAAGAUGCCUGAGAUCUGUCCCAUCUUGGCGCUGGGGAUUUACCUUCUCAGCAUCGAGCAGGAUGCCAAGAGGCUGUUUCCUCCUCCUCCCUUGCACAAGAAUGAGAGGCACAAAACUGUUGACCUCACCAAGACAAGGGAGCUAGUAGCCAAGGAGCUGCAAGCGAAAGGCAUCCGCACUAGCACUCUCGGCAGCGACAGCAUACAGAAAGGUGCUGUAGUCUACUGCGUUUCU